AUGAAGUGCUCGCUCUAUAUCAUCAGUGUGCUGCUGCAUAUUACGAUGCAGUUAGCAGGAGCAAACCCAGUUGCACACUCAGAGCCCGACUCUCCUGCUUUGGAAGAGAGACAGAUGACCCCUACAAGCUCGCCUGGACCGACUACCGCCCCUAGUAUGACUGCCACUCCCACUAAGACCCCUACUACCAGCACGCACACCGCGACUAGCACCACUAAGACGACUGCCUCCUCCACGAAGGCCACCACUACAAGCAAGCCUGGCUCGACUAGCACCACUCCUACUACAAGCAAGCCUGGCUCAACUAGCACCACUCCUACUACAAGCAAGCCGGGCUCGGGCAGCAGUACUAUAAGCGCGCCGACUAGCCCCCCAACUCCGGUCCCUAUCCCGAAUACCCCACCUCCUCUUACCGUUAUUGUUAAUGUCGCUAUUGCCAUUGCCAUCUCUGGUGGCAGUGGGCAGGAUGCAGCGGCUGCUGUUGCUGCUGCGGUUUCCUCCUCUGGUGAAGGAACUGUUGUCGCCACUGCCGCUGCCGCCGCUGCCGCCGGCGGGGCUAGUGCAAAGGAUGUCGCUGUUGUUGCCGCGGCUGCGGCCGCGGCCUCCUCUGGUGCUAAUGGAGAGGAUGUCUCUGCGGCUGCUGCUGCUGCUAACUCCGGCUCUGGCGGAGAUAGUGCUGCUGCUGCCGCCGCCUCGGCCGUUGCCUCCGCCGGCGCUAGUGGAUGGAAUGUUGCCGCAGUUGCCGCCGCCGCCGCCGCCGCCGCCUCUGAUGGUAGUGGAGGGGAUACCGCCGCCGCCGCCGCUGCUGCAGCCGCCUCCUCCUGUGGAGGUGGUGUCGCCGCCGCCGCCGCUGCCGCUGCCGCCUCCGGUGGGAGUGCUGCCGCCACCGCCGCCGCCAGCGCUGCCUCCGCCGGUGGUAGCGGAGGAGGUGUUGCUGCCGCUGCCGCCGCUGCUGCUGUCGCCGACUCUGGUGCUAGUGGUGAGAAUACUGCCGCCGUCGCCGCUGUUGUCGCUGCCGCUGGUGGUAGCGGAUGGAAUGGCGCCGUUACUGCUGCUCAGGAUUCCGCCGCUAGUGGUAAAAAUGCAACAGAUGUUGCCGGCGCUGCCAUUAGCGGCAGUAGCACCAACGUCUUGCCGCAAACAAGUGAGUUCUUAAGUGAGUUCUUAACAAUAGCAUAUGUGGAUAAUACAUUCAUGGCAAAUAUGAGCCCAAAGGCUGCUAUGGGUCAACAGCAUCAUAUAAAUGAUCUUACCCAUUUUAAUGGUGACUACUAA